GUCGGAGCGGGGCGGGGCGGGACGGGGCGGUGUUUAGCGGACUGCAGGCUGGGCCUAGGCCCACCUCACCCACGGGGAACGGAAGUCUCAGCCGGGUUCUGGACUCCUCGGAGAAUCACCGACCGACGGGAGAGCCGGGCGGCCGGGCUCGGGCGAGCUCCGUUACGGGGAAGCACCAUGAAGCGCGCGGGGACUCUGCGCCUGCUUUCAGACCUGAGCAACUUCAGCGGCGCUGCCCGGCUCCGGGAGUUGUUGGCGGGGGACCCAGCUGUUCGAGUCCGCGGUAGCCUGGAUGGCCGCUACCUGCUGUUGCUGAGACCCCCGGGGUCACCCAGCCCGCAGCUGCUGGUGGCUGUACGUGGGCCCGGCGAGGAGCUGGAGCGAGCCUGGCCGGAGGGCCAGCCCUCCCCGCUGGACGCCUUCUUCCUGCCCUGGCCGGCGCGCCCCGCGCUCAUUCUGGUGUGGGAGAGCGGCCUAGCCGAAGUCUGGGGCGCAGGCAUAGAGCCCGGCUGGCGGCUGCUUCAGAGCACCGAGCUGUGCCCAGGCGGUGGAGCCCGCGUGAUGGCCGUGGCGGCGCCGCGAGGCCGCCUGGUAUGGUGCGAGGAGCGACAGUCGGGCGCUGAGGACCCGCAAGGGCGACCUGCCACUGCCUUCAGCCAUUGUGUUUGCACCAAGAGCCUGGAGCCAAGCGGAGAGAUUGGAACCAUCCUGGGCCACACACAAGUCCUGCUGCAUCACUGCCCCUCUUUCGGGAUGAUAGCCUCCCGCAAAGACCUCUUCCUGGUGCCCACUGCGACCACCUGGCCUGGUGUGGCCCAUAUCCUGCUCAUCUGGAGCCCCAGCAAGGGCAAAAUGAUAGUGUCUGCCCCACAUCUUGGCCUCUCCCAUAGUAGAAGCCUGAAUCCCAGACGAGGGGACACCUGGGACUUUCGGAUCCUGCUUCGAGGCCUUCCUGGGUUGCUGUCACCCAGGGAACCAUUGGCUGUGCAUACCUGGGCUCCAACUCCCCAGGGCCUGCUUUUGCUUGACUUCAGAGGCACCGUGAGCCUAGUGCAGCCCCAUGGUGGUACCCGAACUAUUGGCAGCCUGCAGGAAGCACCUAUAGGCCUGGAUGGUUCUGCAGCCUUAGGAGUGUUUCAUGGUACUCUGGCCUGUGUGCUGGGCCCCACCUUGCAACUCCUGGAUAUGGGCAGUGGGCAGCUUCUGGAGAGGAAAGUCCUAAGCACAGACAGAGUACAUUUGCUGGAACCUCCAGCCGCUGGCAUAAAGGGUGAGGAAGAGCUGGAGACCCAAGGUCUGCGUUUGCUUUCAGCCAUGGGUCUGUUUUGUGUGGGUUGGGAAGCCUCCAGGGACCUUGACCUGCCCUCAGCCAACAGCCUGGUGUUUGAGGAGGCCUGCAGCUACUACCAGCGGCGAAGCCUGCGAGGUGCUCAGCUCACUCCAGAGGAACUGAGACACAACAGCACCUUCCAAGCACCUCAGGCCUUGGACUCCAUCCUGCAGGGCCACCUACCUCCAUCUGCCCUGUUGACUACACUAAGAGCUGAGCUUCGGGAUUAUCGAAGUUUAGAGCAGCUCAAGACCCAGCUGGCAGCUGGAGAUGAGGAGGAGGCUGGCUGGGCUGAGCUGGCAGAACAUGAAGUGGCCCGACUGUUGAGGACUGAAUUGACUGGAGACCACCUGGCCCAGCUCAACACUGUUUUCCAAGCCCUUCCUACAGCAGCCUGGGGUGCCACAUUCCGGACCCUACAGCUCCAACCAGAUGGGAAUGGCAAGCUGAGGUCCCAGGCUCCCCCUGAUGUGUGGAAGAAGGUGCUACAGGAUACAGCAGCUGCAAAGGACCCCCCCAAUGGGAUACUGCCUCCUUUUGAACUCCUGUGCCAGUGCUUAUGCCAGCUGGAGCCACGAUGGUUGCCUCCCUUUGUAGAACUGGCACAGCAGCAGGGUGGGCCAGGAUGGGAGGCCAGAGGCUCUGGGCUACCCCUCUACCGCCGAGCCCUAGCAGUGCUAGGUGAAGAUGGAACCAGACCUGAAGCACUGGAGCUCGAGCUGCUUCUAGGCAGUGGUCGCCCCAAAGCUGUUCUACAAGCUGUGGAGCAGCUGGUGCAAAAGGAGCAGUGGGAGAGGGCUCUGGAAGCUGGCCUGGCCCUUGGCCCCUCCAGUCCUCUGCUUCGAAGUGAGAUCUUCAAACUGCUGCUGGCUGAAUUUGCCAGGCAUCGCCACCUUGAUGCUCACCUCCCACUUCUUUGCCGCCUCUGCCCACCCGAAGUGACUCCAGAGGAUCUCCUUCUUCUACUGCAAACACAUCUCCCAGAUGAAGUUGGGCCUCCUGCUCCCUUCUCUGAGCCUGGGGUAGAGCCCCCUCUCACGGUGGGCUUGCUUAGAGCGCUGCUGGAGCAGACUGGAGUUCACGGACGGCCUUCAGGCCCAGUUCUAAGCCCAUAUGAGGACAUCCUAUGGGACCCAGGCACUCCACCUCCUACUCCACCUCGAGGACCAGUGACUACACUUCAGACAUCAGACAACCCAGGCCUGGAAGCUUAGGAACCAUCUGAACAGGGCUUCUGUGUUCCUGACAUAGGAAAUCACUUGCAGGACAUAGUGAUCAAGGAAGAGUGCCUAGGAGUUGGAAGGGGCCAAGGUGGGCCCUAUGUGUGCAAUAUCCUUCCCUCUCUUUUGGAGAAAAUUGUAAAAUAUUUAUAAAUGUUAAAAUAUAUACCAUUGUGUUUUUGAACAGCUGAGGGUCUGAGGAAAUUGUGAGACUUGGAUAAAUCUGAAUCUGUUGGUAAAGUAGCCACUUCUAAUCAUGAAAAUGUUUAUGAGCAUUUCAUAUGCCCUCGGUACUCUUUGGGGCUUUAUACAAUCCCUUAUCUGAUGUUUCUCAUCACCCCACUGGGAAAGUACUAAUGUUAGUCCCAUUUUCCUAGUAGUGGAAACAGAAGUCUAGAAAGACUAAGUGACUUGACCAAGUAAGAGGUCUAGAAAGUAGCAGCAUUUUAACUGUCUCAUUGUACAGCUUGUAGCUUUUGCCUGCUUUCAUGUAUUCUUCAUCCCUGGCUCAGUGCUGGCUUCUCUAACCUCUUACGAGGAAAGGAUUCUAUAGAACUCUACCUUCCUUUCCCCAGGACUCUUCUGAGUAGAAACUGUGAUGGGUCCCAAGCCUGUGCUUGCUCCAGGAUUGCUGGAACAGCUCCUGGAUUUGGGGAAGAAUUACCACAGAUAGAGUUGCCCACUCUGGCUUAAUAACAAGGAUCACAGGAAGCAGACCUACUUGGAGGGCCUCACAUUCCUACUGGCUCCUUAAGUCAAGAAAUAAAAGUAUGGAAGUGGCACUGUGGCUCAAAUGGUAGAGCACUAGCUUUGAGCUGAAGAGCUCAGGGACAGUGCCCAGGCCCAGAGCUCAAGCCCCAUGAACGACAAAAAAGAAAUAAAAGUAUGUGUAGCACAGAUUUCUGCUUGCCUGGAUUAGUCAACUGGACCCUCUACAAAGAGGCCUAGGUCUGUCCUCACUUCUGCCCAAGGGGCCCUUCUGCCUAGCAUUGUAGAACCCUAAAUACUGCUACUCAUCACCCUGAACCCCCUUGGACCAAGGGCACCAAGCUAAAGGCUGCCACUUAUCUUUGCCCUCAGCUGGGACCUGCAGCUUGGAUUCUGCUCAGUCUCAUCUGGGAAAUAAAAUAGAUUCUGGCUCAUUGUACUAGGGACAGUUCAGCAGUCUCAGAAGAAUUGAGUAGCCUCUUACCCAUGGCUAUUAUUGGUGUUACUCUUUAGCCUCAAGAAGUUUCCAAAGGGGCUCAUCUGAGAGCCAGGUCUGGGAUGUCUCCGUAACCUCAUUGAAGUCAGUAUAACACCUGGGUCUUAUCCAGGGCUUACAUGGUUUUUAUCCUAGGCCUCAAGCCCACUUUCUAGCUACAAAUGGACUCAAGCAAUUUUGGCCUUUAAGCUGCUGCUCCUCUCAGAGACCCAGGGCUAGGAACAGUUCCUCCCUCAGCUUCCUCCUCGGCCCCUUUCUGGUCUGGCAGGGGUUCCUUCUCUUCUUGGUUGUAAAGCUGGGCCCAUUAUUUCCCCUCUGGGGAAAGCCAAGGUGGCCAAAAGCAGGAAACUGCUUCCUGUUCCUACUCUUCACAGCCUAAGAAUUGAAGGUCCUUCUUCUGUGCCAUUAUAGUCAGUGAGCCCCAGGGGGCAUAAGAAAGGCAAGCCAAAUUUUACUUAAGUUAAUGUGGUUUGAGGA